AUGGCUGCCUCUAUCGCGCCCGAAUGCAAUGAUAUCAAAGAGAAAUAUGAUACCUGUUUCCUGAAGUGGUAUAGUGAGAAAUACCUGCGUGGCAACACCUCUUCCAAUGACUGCGAAGCACUAUUUAAGAACUACAAGGGUUGCCUGAACAAAGUUCUGAAGGAAAGGGGCAUUGACUCCAUGUUGGAUGAUGCUCGCAAGAGUGGCAGCAGUGAAACUGAUGCAGAGUUCCUCAAAAAGUCUUGA